UCCUCCUCCUCCUCCUUUGCCGUCGCCCACACUUCCCCAACCGCCUCCCUCCAUCUUCCCGCCCCCACCUUCGCCGCCAGCGUCACCUCUUCUUCGCCUCGUCGUAGCCGUCUUCCCGCUUCCUCCAUGCGCCGGCGUUUUCCCUUCUCCUCCCGACGUCGGCGUCUUCUUUCUGUGUCAUCCUUUCACCCCCGCGGCCAGCGUCUUCUCCCCCUUCGCUUCGCUGCAGCCGCCCCAGCAACCCUCUCCCGUACCUCCUCCUCCCUCUCCUUCUCGUCGGAUCCUUCAUCCUUGCCCCCCUCCCAACUGACAGCAACCCCCUCUUCAUCCUCCUCCUUCUACGUAAAUUGUUUUAUUAAUAUAGAUUUGAACAAGCAUUAUUUGGUCCUUUAAAUGAAUACUAUGUUUCUUUUUUUGUUUUAGCGAUUAUAUCUAUUAAUCAUGAUGUAUACUUUUAAAAUUUUAAGAAGCAUCUCUCUUCACUCGGGCCAGCGUCUCGGGCGUUUUGAUACCUUGGCGGCGUUUUAACACCUUGGCGUCGUUUAAUGUCUGUCGACCUCGAGCACACUGCUAGAGAAACAACUUGGUUCACAUGUUUGGUUCCAUUUAAUUAUUCGGACCCAUGCAUGUUGCCAAACUUUGUCGAUGUUAGUUUUCAUGCUUGGUCCUUUUAUGUGCAUAUUUGAAUUCAUCUGAACCAAAUUGAGCACAUCACAGCUCCACAAAAAAUCAUUGAAUUUGAGCUGCAUUGGUUAUAUAUGUAUUCUAAAAAUGUUAUGAGAUUCAAGUGAGAUUGUCAUGAUUCAAUUUUAACCUAAACAUGUUUCAGCUGCAUUCCCUCACAUCAAGUUCUAUGCUUAAACUAACCUGUCCGUGAGUCCCUCAUGCAUAAAUGUCUGCCUGCAUGUACACGUUUGAUUGCAUGCCAUUAUUUUAUUAUAUCAAUCUUUUGAUCCCAUUAUUAAUUUUUUGUUGCUUACCACAUAAGUCGGUCGGUUCUCAAAUGGUUAUGAAUGCCAAAUAAGUUUGUAAUAUGACUUUUGAUUAUCGUUACCUAUUUGUUGCUCAGACAUAAUAAUACAUGUGCAAUUUAGUUAUCAGAUAAAACCACGCACAUGGGAGCAUUGCACAUAUUUCCUGUCUGUUUUUGGCUCUUGUGGUAACUUCAUCAAAUGCGUGCUGAUUCUGGUGUCUUGCAUUGAACCACAGUAAUGAAUUGUUGGACCUCCUUUCGCAUGUAUACUAAUUAUACAUACAGAAUGCAUUUAUAUAUUCAAUUUUGAGGCUAAGAGAUUGUCUAUAUUAAUGGAUUUGGAGAGGGCAGUUAGGUACUAGAAGCUAUUAGGACCUGUCACUGUCUCUUAAUGCUAUCCUCUGUCACUAAAAGUACAAGCUGAGUGAACAAUUAGAAUGUGACAUGAUUUCCAAACCCCAAAAUAGACCCAAAAUCUCAAUGUGUUUGGUUAGGUAUAACCUUACAUCUUUAUGUCGGCAUAAUGUGGUCUCCUCUGCAGGCUGAUAGUAACUCUCUUGGCAACUUGAUACAUGUUUGUACAUCAAAGCAUAUCGGUGUGCUUAUAUUUGAAUUACCAUUCUUGUAUUUAUACUAGUAGCAAUAGAAAAACAUUUAAAUGUUCUUAAUUCAACCACAGGUGUUUUCUUACACAGAGUUCAUUGACGCAAAAGAUGCAUAUAGCUGAUCAUGAAUAGUUACAUUAUGACUUUUAUUGUUGUUGUGCUUGUUUGCACUUGCUGGUUUUAUUGGAAAAUUCUCACUGAUCUAGGCUAUGUUGGUGAAACUUCUCAAUAAGAAAUAUUUUUUUCUUUAUUAAUGACAUCAAGAUAUUUUCUAAUACUGUAGCUGAAGCUAUUUGCACGAGCAGUCUUUCUAUAAAAUUAAGUUCCUUUAUCAACAUAGAACCAAAUAAACUAGUAGCAUUUCUUGAUCAAGGCAGCUUUCUUACCUCUUGGUUCAUUUUUCAGAAAAUUUGUUGCCUUUCUCAGGUCUUUCAUCGAAGUUGUAAUUUUUUGUCAAGUUGUAUUAACAAUGGCAUCUUUAGCAUGUUGAACCUCACAGCAUGUUUGAUGAAGAUACAUUUGAUAUGAUUUUCUAAUUGCUGCUGGGAUAUAGUGUGCUUCACAGUUUCUAAAGCUCCUAACUACAAUAGAGAAAUAAUGGAAGGUAGUGUCAGUGCGCAUGUGUCACAUCAAGCCAUUGUUUCAGUGGUGUAGAAUUGCAAGGAUGGAAGUGUGAUAAUAAGUAAAUUAUCCAAGGUGGAUUAACAUGAGUGGUAGAGGAAUGUCGUCGGAUCAGAUGAUUAGUUGAAAGUUUUCAACUUCCUUCUGGUUGGAAGCAGAUACAGAAAAUAUAUAUAGUUUUGGUGCCCUCGAUUUGAGGUAGAAGAGGAAUCUGAACAUAGAGCAUCCAGCAAUAAGACUACUUUUCUUGUAUUUUUCUGCAAACAGUACGUGAUACUGCUUCAAAAGAUCAUGUUUUUGGUGCAAAAGAGGCUCUUUUGCUAUCUGCCAAGUAACAAGUCCACUAUCCAUCUUUCCUCCUAUCAACUUUGCGGUCUGUUUAACUUCUCCACUGCUAAAGACCAAAGUUCAGAGCAUAGUUCCAACUUUAUAGUGGUCGACUCCCUUCAUUCAUGUGAACUUUCCUCAGAGAAGGCUGCAAAAAAAGCCAAGUAUCACACCUGUCACAAAAAUUCUUCGAGUCUUUCCAUUGAGUUCUUUAAGCAGAGCGGUUGGAGUGAUGCACAAGUCAUGAAACUUAUCCGGAAGUCACCGCUGUUGCUGCGUACUAAGGUAGAGACUGCCCUGAAGCCCAGAAUGAGAUCUUUGAAGGACAUGGGAUUUUCUGACACUGAAAUAGUUCAGCUGGUUUCAUCAUGUCCAUCUGUACUCCUUUUACGUGAUAUCCAACCAAAGAUCGACUUCUGGAGGUCACUACUUGGUUCUAAUGAGAGGUUACUGAAUGCCUCUAGGAGGAACAUGUUUCUACUUGGUUCUAGCAUGGAUCGGAAGAUAGAACCUAAUGUAUCUCUCUUAAGGGAAUGUGGCAUCAGUGACAAACGCAUCGUGUAUAUGGUGAUGACAACGCCGGCCAUUAUGGGUCGAUCAAACAAAUAUAUGAAGGAAGCUAUCAAAUUAGUUAAGGAGUUGGGUGUGCCAUGUAACUGUAGAAUGUUCCCUUAUGCACUUAGUAUGGUCACCGGCAUGAGCCGAUCCAGGUUUUAUGAUACCUUUGCAACCCUGAUGAACUUUGGGUUCUCCCUGCAAGACAUCAUAGCUGCAUUCAGGAAGCAUCCAACCAUUUGGUAUUUGUCGAAGAAGAACAUAUGUGACAAGAUGACUUUCCUGUUGAAGGAAGCUGGUUGUGAGCUGACAUAUAUCAUUUCCCAUCCUGUGAUUCUUGCAUACAGCUUGGAGAAGAGGUUGAAACCUCGAUAUGCAAUUCUGAAUUUUCUUGAGCAGAAUAAAUUGCUGGAUAAAGUAUAUAGCCUGAUGUCCGUGAUAAUGCUAUCGGAAAAGAAGUUCCAAAAUAAAUUUCUUUUCCUGCUUCGCGAGGAGAAAUCUAUUGCUCUAUAUGAUUCCUAUUUGAAAUCUGUUGCUCAAUAGGAUUCCUAUGUUGCUGCUGGGCAUGGAAAGCACCAUGUUGUUUGGGAAAAUUAGGAUUGCAUGUGCUUCCUCAGACAAAGUGUCAACUUAUUGCACACUUAUUUAAUCAUGUUAAAUUUGUGACAAUUUAAAUUCUCCAAGGAGCUUCUUUUCUUUUAUU